CCACAUAUAGUGGAACGUCAUUCGACUCAUUAAAAUAUUUUCAGUGGAAUAAUUGCAUCAGAAAAUAUGAAAUCGAAUCGAAAGAAAGUGGCAAUUUUGUGAGUCUAAAUUUUUUUCCAUCAAACUACCAUGAUCACUCUAUCUUAACAAUCAAAGAAGUGAGGAUGUAACACACAUCGCAAGUUCAUCAUAUAUAAUAUCGAAAGUCAAUAAGUCAACAAAGGAGGAAGUGUAUUUUGUUAAUUUCGUAAAAGUGGUCAAAAUAUAAAUCGUCAUCAUCAUGAGUGCCCCGAUAUUAAUUACCAUUCCAAAGUAUGUUACGGUACCGAAGCAAAAUCUUUUGCCUCUGCCGUCCGUGGAAAAUUCGAUCGAUGAAUUCCUGUUGCGUGGAAAGAAACGUCGUUUGGACCACUUAACAUGGGAGGAGAAAUUCCAGCGGAAAAAACUAAAGAAUCGUGUCGCUGCUCAAACAUCCCGUGACCGCAAGAAGGCGAAAAUGGACGAUAUGGAACGCACCAUCAAAGACUUUUCUGUUGAAAAUCAAAACCUAAAGGAAACAUGCAAUUUACUACAGUCGGAAAGAGAUGAAUUAGCUAUCCGCAAUGAAGAGCUGGAACGACAAAUGGAGGAACUAAAGCGACGAUUGAAUGAACUCGAUACUACGAACGAUCAAGAAAAGCGAAAACUCCAACGGCUCAGCUCUGUGGAAGAUAAUUGCUCUCUGCCUUCUCUACAGGACAUGCUCGAAGACUUCGAUGCAUCCCGACUGGAAGAACUUGCAGAAAGCCUGCUCGCAGAUGUCAUCACAGACAUGGCAAACGAUCCUGUUGGAGACUGCACGUCAAAUGCCAAAACAGAUGGCCCAACAGAGCGAAUGUCUCGACCAGUGGUGGGGACCCGACCAGAAAUCAUGGAAUCCGCCAAAAAUAUCGAUGACAGUCUAAAUACGCCCACAAAGAAGCGGACCCACAUAAAAAUUGAACCAAAAAUCGAGGAGGAUGUUUGCAUGGAUUUGGAUACUGUUUCCAACGAUGACGACACAUUAUACGGAACAUAUGACGAAAAGACUCACUGCAUAACGAUAUUGGUUAGUGGCGAUGAUAUAGCUACUGAUGAAGCUGUUGAAGAGGUCUAUUGCGAAGAAGAUCACACAUCAGAAGUGUCGAUGCUCUCACCGGUACCAUCACAUUGUUCAUCAAUUGACCACAGUUCAUCACAGUCACUCAGUGAUCCAAUCGUCGAUGCAAAAAGUCCUAUUUCAAUUUCACAAUCGAGUGAUUGUGGAUAUGAAUCGAUCGGUUCACCAUUAAGUUAUUGUAGUGACAUGGAUGAACUGUGGAACAGCUCUUUCAACCAGUUAUUCCCUUCGUUAGUGUAAAUUUACAAGAUGUGGAAGUGAAAGUUAAGAUGACAAUGUUGUGAUAAAGGACACACACGUAAUAUAUCUCAUGAACAGACAAAUUAGUGGUACAUACAAUCAUAGCCUAUAAGUUAUCAAUUAAGUGAAAGUUUUAGUUAUAAGUCAGAGAAAAUUCGUCGUAUUUUUUGUAUAAAGUUCAGUUAUUAGGUUGGUAC